AUGAUCAUAAGGGACGGCAUCAUCCAAUACGUUGGUCCUGAGGCAAACCUGGAGGUGGAAGCUGCCAAAGCCGCCGGCGCUACGCUCAAAGACCUAGGCAAUCACACUGUUCUCCCGGGAUUCAUCGACGGCCACUUGCACAUUCUGCUGCUUGGACAGUCGCUUACCAAGGUUGGCUUGGAGGCAUGCAAGAACUUGGAGGACAUUCGAGCAGAGAUCAAACAAUAUGCGGUGGCUCAUCCAGAUGUACCCCGUAUCUUCUGCCGGGGCUGGAUGCAUAGCAUGACGCCCGAGGGCGUCGAUUCCACUCUACUGGAUGACCUGGAUGAGAGGCCGAUCUUUGUUGAUACCAAAGACUUGCACUCGACAUGGUGCAACACAGCAGGCCUGGAUGAGGUUCGUCGUGUCAUGAAUAUUGCGGCCGAUGCCCCAGAUCCUGCGGGAGGAACUUUCCAGCGCGGCAAAGACGGCAAACUCAACGGCGUCUUCAACGAGAGCGCUGUUUUCGAGUACAUCUGGCCCUUUACGGCAAAGGUGGCGUCCAUCAAGGAGCGCAAGGAGGCUAUCAAGGCUGCGAUCAAGGCGUUCAACGCCGCUGGCUACACGGGAAUGGUCGACAUGGCCAUGGACGAGACCAUAUGGGAGCCUCUGAUUGCUCUGCGGAACGAAGAAGGACUAGGGGGCAUGCGAAUUGCUGCGUACUGGCUCAUGAAGCCGAGUGACUCCCUGAAGGAUGUGAUUCCGCAGCUUGAUCGUGCAAUUGAGCUCGCAGGACAAUACAACUCGCGCACAACUCCAGACUGCCGCAUCGUCGGUAUUAAAGUCAUUUGCGAUGGCAUCAUUGAUGCAUGCACCGCCUCGCUGACGCAGCCGUAUUCAACGGGGACAAGUCCUGACCCGAUCUGGUCCGAAGACUUUCUCAAUCCCAUCGUGUCUAAGGCUCAUGCCGCAGGACUCCAGGUUGCGCUGCAUGCCAUUGGCAACCGGACGAUACGCAUGGCGAUUGACGUCUUGGAGAAGAAUACGGCCCGCUCGCGUCGUCCGAGGAUUGAGCAUCUUGAGGUUUCCGACGCAGAAGAUGCGGCGCGCCUAGGCAAGUUGGGAAUCACCGCCUCGAUUCAGCCAGUUCACUCAGAUCCCGCCAUUCUGCGAGCCUGGCCAAGACUGAUCGGAGACCAUCGCUGCAAGAGAGCCUUUGCAUACCGCGAGUUUGCGGACGGAGGCGCUCCUCUGGCUCUUGGCUCAGACGCACCAACAGCACCCCAUCUGCCCAUCCCCAACAUGUACGUGGCCACGACGAGAAGAUCGUACCGCGAGCCUGGCCUGGAGACUGUGGUCAAUCCCGAGUUUGCGCUCACGGUAUGCCAGAGCGUCGUGGCGGCGACGCAUGGAUCGGCGUACUCGGUUUUCGCGGAUGAGUGGACGGGGAGCUUGAGAAAGGGGCUCAAGGCGGAUUUCGUGAUCUGCGAUGUCGAGCUCGAGGCGGAGAGGUUGAUCAGGGGCGUCGUGAAGGAGACUUGGUUUGAGGGAACGCAGGUCUACAGGGCAUAG